AUGUCCCCCGAGGAGUUCAUUAAAGCGGGGUUGAACUGUAUUAGGUUCAAGACCAUCUUAGCCAAAAACGAGUCAAGACCAGAGCCAACGGAGGCCGAGCCAAGACCGGCACAGGGUCAGAACCUGGUGACGGCCAACGUGUCAGUGAUCGAGGGUGAGACGGCCACCAUCAGCUGCCAGGUGAAAAACAACGACGACUCGGUCAUCCAGCUCCUCAACCCUAACAGACAGACCAUUUACUUCCGAGACGUCAGACCUCUCAAGGACAGCCGUUUUCAGCUGGUUAACUUCUCUGACAACGAGCUGCGCGUGUCAUUCUCCAACGUGACGCUUUUGGAUGAGGGAAGAUACGUGUGUCAGCUCUACACGGACCCCCCGCAGGAGGCCUACGCCGACAUCACUGUCCUGGUUCCACCAGGCAACCUAAUCAUCGAAUCACGUGAGGAUGUGGUGAGCGAAGGGAAUGAGACGGAGAUAACCUGCACGGCCAUGGGUAGCAAGCCCGCCUCCAGCAUCGUGUGGAUGAAAGGAGAUCAGAUCCUACAAGGUGAGGAAACAGUGGAGGAGACGUACGACAGGAUGUUCACAGUUACUAGCCGGCUCAGGCUCACCGUCUCCAAGGAGGACGAUGGAGUGGCCGUCAUCUGCAUCAUUGACCAUCCAGCUGUGAAGGACUUCCAAGCCCAGAAAUACCUGGAAGUUCAAUAUAAACCAGAGGUGAAGAUUGUUGUGGAGUUUCCAGAGGGCCUGACAAGAGAAGGAGAAAACCUCGAGCUGAGCUGCAUGGCAAAAGGCAAACCUCAGCCUCAUCAAAUUAACUGGUUCAAAGUAGAUGAUGAUGUUCCCUCCCACGCCGUGAUUACAGGCUCUGAUCUACUCAUCGAGAACCUCAACAAGUCCUAUAACGGGACUUACCGCUGCGUGGCGUCCAACUUAGUGGGAGAAGCAUACGAUGACUACAUCCUCUAUGUCUAUGAUGUUCUCGCCACAACCCCCCCACCCACUACUACCAUCAUCCACCCUGAUGCUGCCCAAGAUUCGAGAGCAGAUGCAGCGGCACAGAAAAUCGACCACGCUGUCAUCGGCGGGGUCGUCGCUGUGGUUGUAUUCGCCAUGCUCUGUCUGCUCAUCGUCUUGGGACGCUACUUUGCCAGACAUAAAGGUACCUACUUUACUCAUGAAGCCAAAGGGGCAGACGACGCAGCAGACGCCGACACAGCCAUCAUCAACGCAGAGGGAGGGCAAACCAACACGGAUGACAAGAAGGAAUAUUAUAUCUAACUCUGAC